ACAUCUCUACAUGUCUCUGGGUAAAUGGACCAAGGCUAGCUGGCUUAUUUGCAGGUUGGUUAUUUCGAAACUGACUAGUAUGGCAACUUAAAACGCUCUUUAUUUAUUGUAGAUACUAUUUAGCCAGCUGUGCAUUUUUGUUUUUGUCUGCACUGUUUUUAGCACUACAGUUCUAAGUGUUGUUGCCAUCUCAACAGCCUAGUUUUGAACCAUUCUUUCACCUUCCUCGGCAAGAUAGCAGCUAAUGCUAGCCUCGAUUUAUCAGUCCAUACGUGAUCUUUUGAAAUUUAGAGAUAUUUGAACUAUUUUCAUGUCCAAGAGCACACUAAACUGGUAGUUCAUUUGGAAGCAAACGCAUAGAAACUAGAGUUUUUGUUCGAGUGAAACAUGUCAGGCGCUAACAGGGGACAGGCAAGCGCGGCUAGUGAAAAUCACAACCAAGAAAAUAUGCUGUCAAGACUGAGAGGCUCGCUAAAAGCCCGACCUGCUGCAAACGAGAACCAAGAAAACCUUCCGCCUAAACAAGCAGGCAACAGAACCGUGCUAGGAGCCCUGCAGAACAACCAGAGGAGCAAAACCCAGAACCAGCGCGGCUCCAAACAGGAUUCAUCACAGCCCCUGUCCUGUAAAAAUGAAGAUUUUGGCAAAAGCUGCUUUGAGAAACCCUCUGCCAAGCAGCCCUCUUUCCAGAUCCAUGUGGAUGAGCCUGAUGGCGCCCCUGCCAAAAAGCCACAGCCUGUGGUCGAAGCUGUCAAAGCAAAGUCCAUCGCUGAAGAGUCUCCCCUCACGAUCAACAAUGCAGUGGCACGACUCAGGCAGCCGCUGGCUACAAUUGAUAUUCCAUCGGCAAUGGAUGUCAGCUUUGACUCUCCCAUGGACAUGUCUGUGGUGGAGGGGGAGGAGAAACCAGUCAAUGUUAAUGAGGUCCCAGAAUAUGCUGCUGAAAUCCACACGUAUCUGAGAGAGAUGGAGGUAAAAACCAGACCUAAAGCUGGUUAUAUGAAGAAGCAACCUGACAUCACCAACAGUAUGCGAGCCAUUCUAGUGGACUGGCUGGUCGAGGUUGGAGAAGAAUACAAGCUCCAGAGCGAGACACUUUAUCUGGCUGUAAACUACAUUGAUAGAUUCCUCUCCUCAAUGUCUGUUCUGAGGGGGAAGCUUCAGCUGGUUGGGACUGCUGCUAUGCUGUUGGCUUCGAAAUUUGAAGAAAUCUACCCUCCUGAGGUGGCAGAGUUUGUUUACAUCACGGACGACACCUACACAAAGAAGCAAGUGUUAAGAAUGGAGCAUUUGGUGCUUAAAGUGCUCUCUUUUGAUCUGGCAGCACCAACAAUCAACCAGUUUCUCACUCACUACUUCCUUCAUCACUCGGUUAGCAAACAGGUGGAGAACCUGGCAAUGUAUCUCAGCGAACUCAGUUUGGUUGACUCGGAUCCUUUCUUGAAGUACCUGCCAUCACAGACUGCUGCUGCAGCCUACGUUGUAGCCAACAACACGGUGACUGGUGGCUCAUGGCCCAAGUCCAUGAGAGAAAUGACUGGCUACUCCCUCGAGGAUUUGAUGCCAUGCAUAGAGGAUCUGCACCGACUUUACCUCAAUUCUCCUCAGCAUGCCCAGCAGUCUGUUCGGGAGAAGUACAAGGGCACAAAGUACUGUGAAGUUUCCCUCAUUGAUGCUCCAGCUAAACUGCAGCUGAACUGACUGUUCCCCCUUUCCUUGUCUAUGUAGAUUUGUUCCCCUGGUCGUUAAACUUUUUUUUAUAAUGUGUGCCACAAUUUCAUGUCCUGGCCCGCUCUUUUUGGAGUACAGCCAGAUGUUUAGAGUUUUAAGAAUAUUUUUAUACAUUCUUACCAGACGCUACAGUUUUGGUUAAUCAAGCAGUUUUAAUGGUUUGGCUUUUUAUCAGACAAAAUGGAAAGGUAUUCAUCAUGCUUUGAUCUACAGUCUUAAACUGCAAUCUGCAAUUUUCUAGUUAAGGUUGAAUUGAUCUAAGCAGUAAGCUAUUACCUAUUGGCCUCAUGGGAUGGAUUAAAGUGUUUUGUCUGUCAUUGAGUCAGCUGUGUCAUUACAUCGGUGUCCUCAAGGCAUUUUCUGCACUGUAAAAUAUGGCUCUUGUAAAUAAAAAUCCAUUUAAAGUAAGA